UGUUACGCAUUCAAAAACAAAACAAACAACUGUCAGCCGGCAUUUAUCAAAACAAAUUGUUUAUUUAAUAUUUUCUUUAGUUUAUAUAUUAUUUUAAAAAGAGGCUAUGCCUGACAAUUAUACAAACUAACAAACUGCCAAUAUGCUUACAUAUAUUGUAACGCCUGUCAUUCAGUUCAUGCACUUUAUACACAAAGUCAGUGUAUUUAUCCUGGGCAUUGGCUAUCACAUUGGACGGACAAUAUUUUUGAUAUUGUUGAAAAUAUGUCAUUUUCUAAAAGACACCUUUGCGGCUCUAAUCAUCAUCGGAGAAGAACUAUAUAAUUUCCUGUGUGAGUUAAAUGCAAGUGCCAGUGCGGUCUCCCACUAUGUACGGACAUCGGCCAAUGGUGGGGUCAGCAGCUUUAUUGACGCUGUGGUGAUUUUUUGCCGUCACCUGAGUAAAUUUUUCUCCAAUACCCGCAUACAUUCAAAACUACUGGCCACCAAAUUGGGAACGUUUGUGUGUGAUUUCUUCCAAUUGUUACGGAAUGCCCUAUUGCUAAUAGCCGACUGUGCUUGGUGGUUAGUAACACUGGUGCCAAGGAUAUUGCUGUGGAUUGUUAUUGCGGUAGGAGAUGCAAUUGUUACCAUAAUAACAACUGUGCGUAAAGCUAUUGUCUACAGUGUCGCUGUGGUGAUCGAGGAUAUAUUCCGUAUAACAAUCGCAGUUGUAUUGCUAAUUGUACUGUGGCACAACAGACGACGUCUGGUGUUAUUCAUAAUUCGUUCUAUACGGCAUUUAAAACGUAUAAUCAUUAUAUGUUUUCGUCGCCUGCGUACUUUAUACAAUCAUGUAUUACGACGCCAACGACGAAAUCCCGUUCAUACUGUACAAAAUUCUACACCCACCCGAUCUCGUUUACCACGUCAAAGUGUUUCACCAGCAGCCGGGUCAAUGGAUAAAUCUCUAGAUAAUCAUCAACGCUGUGUUGUGUGUCGUGACCGUCCCAAAUGUGUACUUCUAUUACCCUGUAAGCAUUUGUGCUUAUGCGAUGAAUGUGCAGAUUAUAUCCUCUUUGCGGCUCAACGUCACACUUGUCCACUUUGUCGGGCAAAUAUUGUGCAUUCAAUGUCGGUGUAUACCUGACCAUAUGGGACGAGAUGUUCGGUGGGUUUUUGCAUCAAUCUGACCAACAUAAAAAUGUAUAUUGUCAUCCUAUGCAAUAAGAUUAGCAGAUAAGAGUUAUUUUGUACAAAUUACUUCUAAGUUUAUAUAUUUUUAAUAAAAUCUCAUUUUAUCUACGAUUA